UAAUUGUAUUAUUUUAUACUUGUUGGUCUUAAUCAAACUUUUGGUAUGUCUUAUUUAUUAUUGUGGCCUAAGUUUCCAAAUUCAUGUAUUGAUUUGUUGGGGACAUACUUGCCUAACUAUAAUUGGUGGGUGGUGUUGAUCUGGAGUUUUGGUGCAAUGAGGAGCCAAAGAUUAGCUCAUUCAACAGUAAUUUUGAUCUACCCCAUAAACAGCUGUUUUGUUGCUAGAGCGCUGCUACUGCUGGAGGGCCAGAUUUCAAGAUUUAGCAUAGUUAAAUGGAGAGUAUUUGAAAAGUCACUACAGUAUGUCAAGCACUUUAGCUGCUACAAGAAUCAAGAUUCUAUCAGACAAGCUCGAGAGUAUCCUUUAAUUAUAUGAAAAUAUUGCAAC